CGCUCCGCCCUCUGCAGCGGCUAUAAAGCCGUGUGCGUCACACUGUGACGGGACUUCACUCACAGAGAUCUCAUUGUAGGUGACCUGUGAGAGCCCCGCAGCCUCGAAUUUCUCUUUUUCCAAAGGACAAUCGGAACAUCGUCAUAAUGCGAGAGUGUAUCUCUGUCCACGUCGGCCAGGCCGGUGUCCAGAUGGGCAACACCUGCUGGGAGCUGUACUGCCUGGAGCACGGCAUCCAGCCCGACGGCCAGAUGCCCAGCGAGAAGCCCAAGGGGGGCUACGACGACUCCUUCACCACCUUCUUCAGCGAGACCGGCAACGGGAAGUACGUCCCCAGGGCCAUCUUCGUGGACCUGGAGCCCACUGUGAUCGAUGAGGUUCGUACGGGAACGUAUCGACAGCUUUUCCACCCCGAGCAGCUCAUCUCCGGCAAGGAGGACGCCGCCAACAACUACGCCCGCGGCCACUACACCGUGGGGAAGGAGCACAUCGACAACGUGCUCGACAGGAUCCGCAAACUGUCUGACCAGUGCACGGGUCUGCAAGGCUUCCUGAUCUUCCACUCCUUCGGAGGAGGAACCGGCUCAGGCUUCACCUCCCUCCUGAUGGAGCGCCUCUCGGUGGAUUUUGGCAAGAAGUCCAAGCUGGAGUUCGCCAUCUACCCGGCCCCCCAGGUGUCCACCGCCGUGGUGGAGCCCUACAACUCCAUCCUGACCACCCACACCACCCUGGAGCACUCGGACUGCGCCUUCAUGGUGGACAACGAGGCCAUCUACGACAUCUGCCGCAGGAACCUGGACAUCGAGCGCCCCAGCUACACCAACCUGAACCGGCUCAUCAGCCAGAUCGUCUCCUCCAUCACGGCCUCGCUGCGCUUCGACGGCGCCCUGAACGUGGACCUGACGGAGUUCCAGACCAACCUGGUGCCUUACCCCCGCAUCCACUUCCCCCUGGCCACCUACGCGCCGGUCAUCUCGGCCGAGCGGGCCUACCACGAGCAGAUCACGGUGGCCGAGAUCACCAACGCCUGCUUCGAGCCGGCCAACCAGAUGGUGAAGUGCGACCCCCGCCACGGCAAGUACAUGGCGUGCUGCCUGCUGUACCGCGGCGACGUGGUGCCCAAGGACGUCAACUCUGCCAUCAGCAACAUCAAGACCAAGCGCAGCAUCCAGUUCGUGGACUGGUGCCCCACCGGCUUCAAGGUGGGCAUCAACUACCAGCCCCCCACCGUGGUGCCCGGGGGCGACCUGGCCAAGGUGCAGCGGGCCGUGUGCAUGCUGAGCAACACCACGGCCAUCGCCGAGGCCUGGGCCCGCCUCGACCACAAGUUCGACCUGAUGUACGCCAAGAGGGCCUUCGUCCACUGGUACGUGGGGGAGGGGAUGGAGGAGGGCGAGUUCUCUGAGGCCAGGGAGGACAUGGCCGCCCUGGAGAAGGAUUACGAAGAGGUGGGCAUGGACUCGUUUGAGGAAGACGAAGAGGGCGAAGAGUAUUGAGACGAGGAAGCAGACGUAUAUUGUUUAUAAAUUGAGCCGUUUUUAAAGAAAGGGGGUAAAGUUCUCGCUCAAUCCAACAGUUCAUGAUUCUAAAUGGCCUCCAGAAGCAUGCAGAGUGUGUCAAUGUUCAGUUUGCUUGUAUGUAGAACUCAAUAAACACUAAUGUCACUGCUGGGCAGCGGUUUGUCUGAGCUCAAUCAGAAAUGACUCUCCGAUGGGAGAGGUGUGCCUUUACAUCCUUUUCUAAAUAAAGCUGUUGAGACCAA